AUGGAUGCCAUGCGCCUCUGCCUGGAUAUUGUGCGUCCGUUUGGUAGUAUCGGCAGCGUGGGUGUUCAGACGGAAACAGUUGCCCUCGAUGGUCCGGUGCUAUACGGUAAAAAUGGGACUAUCGCAUGGGGGCGGUGUCCUGUGCGUGGUAUCUUCGAAAAGGCCCUUCAGACACUGGGCAAGGUACAAGACAAAGUGUCCUUCUUAUGUGAAUACUUCAUGAAGCUUGAAGAGGCAGCGGAGGCAUAUCGGUUAUUCAAUGACCAGAAAGUCCAAAUGGUCCUCUCAAAGAAUUGGAGUGCCCAGAAGCAUAAUGAAUCCAUUGUUAACGAUGGAAAGCAUCACAGCUUCGAGGUUGUAGCCCGUAUGGAUGCAAGUCUUGCUGCACAACUAGCCCGUUGA